UUUGUGUAAAAAUAAUUAAAAGUGAUUGUCAAGACUAAAAUAGAUAAAUAUUGUUUUUAUUUUCGUCAUGCUUGUGAUUAUAAAAUUUAAUAAUUGUGUAAAAUAAUAAUAAUAUUAAUUGAAAGUAAUUCCUACAAUUAUGUGAUAGUUGGGUUUAGUUUUUUAUGGAUUUAUUGUUAUUCAAAUUAUUGUAAUUGACGUUUUUGUUUUUAUAACCUAAUUUAUUUUAAUAUUUCAUCAUUUUAUGUAAAAAAAACAAACAGAGAAGUAAAAAUGGGUGACAAUUAUCAAGAAUUCAUACUGAGUGACCUGAAUCCCCCAAAUCAAAUGGACAAUUCGAUAAAACAAGAACCCAAUGGAUUAGAAAUAACAACAACGGCAUCAGUACCAAUACCCGGUAGUCAUCGUGGCGCCCGUGGAAUUUAUGACCAAUUUUCACCUUCGCCUCUGACAUUACCAUCAAUGUGGGGCUCCAGAAUAGACACCGACGACUACUCAAUAGACCCAGAGCAACUGGGAAUAACAUUCAAAAUGGAAGAUGAUGACAUAUUCCAAGUGGACAAAGCCGACCUAAUCCAAGGUCCUACACUGGCUGAGCUGAAUGCCAACGAUGAUAUUUUGCUCGGUGAUUUGAAUUUUGAUGAUUUACUGCUACCCGAAGAACGACUGCAGCCGCUGUCACCACCGACCGUCAUUCCGCAACCAGUAACAAUAGCACCGGCACCUAUUCCCGUUGCUUCUCACGUUGGACUACUGAGUGGCAUCAGCGGUUUUGCUGCCAGUUAUCCCAGUAGCACAGUAACAUUCAAACCAACCACGACUUACUCGACGAAUUUCAUUGGAAACUUUGAUAACGAUGUUGUCUAUGUCAGUCCAAGUACCAGCAACAUUGCCGAAUCAAUGGACUCGUGCUAUGAAAUUGGAAGUUCAACGGCAAGUUCAUCAACGUCACCGCACAUGAUUCCUGGUGGUGUAAAUACUCCUGCUGAUAAUAAUUUAUCAGUAAAUAAUAAAUCAAUGACCGUUGGACAAUCAUCAACAUUGCACGAGUUGUUGAUGAGAAAAGUUGAUAGUAAUACAGUAAGUCCAAUAAAACGAGUGGAUCCUAUUCCGAUGGACAUUGGUAGCAGUAGUAAAAUAAAAGUAUCGAGAUUAUCAACAUCAGCACCAACACAAAGUCAUGGAUUGGAACAAAUAUGGGCUAGACGUGAGCCCCGACGUCAUUUGUUGAGUACAUCGAGUAUUGGAGUCGCAGAAGCUGAAUCUACUAGUAGUUUAAGUACAGGAGGUGCACUCAGUCCCGAUCCGCAGGUUGAUCCACUUGGACAUUUGGAUCCGCUUAGUCACGAUGAAGGCUACGAGGACAGCGAUGAUGAUAGCGAUCAUUACGAUGACUACAGCAGUGAUAAUGACUCUGGGAGCGAUGGCGAGGAUCACAACAGUAUUAGAAUGAUGCGAGAUCCAACAACGUCAUCAGGAUCAUCAAAAUUAUCCAAGAAAGAAAAAUAUUUUUGGCAAUAUAAUGUCCAAGCUAAGGGACCUAAAGGACAACGUCUGAUAGCACACAAACGAUUAAUCGACCCGCAUGUUCUUAACCAAGCAACAGAUCCAGUUUUUAGUCCAAGUUGUUCUUUGCGCGGGAUAAAACAUUCUGGCAAAGCACGCAAAGGUGACGGCAAUGAUUUGACACCAAAUCCACGUAAAUUGUGUAUUAUUGGGAAAGAAUUGGAUAAAUUGUCGCGUGUCAUAAAUGAUAUGACACCAGUGUCUGAAUUGCCAUUUCCUGCGAGGCCUAAAACACGUAAAGAAAAAAAUAAGUUGGCGUCACGUGCUUGCCGUUUGAAAAAAAAAGCACAACAUGAAGCUAAUAAAAUAAAAUUGCAUGGUCUCGAAGUUGAACACAAACGUCUCAUUAACGGGAUUUCACAAAUGAAAUCAAUAUUGGCGGCUAAAUUAACGGAAUCGAGUCCUGAUAAUCAGGAAGAGUUGACACGACAAAUAGACAAAAUUUGUAAAUUUGCUACAAAAGUACGUAUCGCAAACCAUUCGACUGAAUUUGUUAAUAAAGUUUUGGAUAAAAUGAAGUCUGGGGUCCCGGACGGUGGCAUCGACGACUUUUAGUUAUAAAUAAUAUCCUGGGUCAUCACUAUAAUCAUCAACGGCAACAAUUAUGAUUACGACAAAAAUGCCUAUUCUUAGUUUAUAUUUUUUUUUUAAUCAAAAGAAAAAAAAAAAUAUUUUUAUCGUGUGUAAGAAAAAAAAACUCGUCUAUUCUUGAAGUAAAAAUAAUAAUAAUAGUCAUAAAAUAUCAAUGAUUAUUAAAAAGUAAUAGAUAUUAAGAAGUAAUAAGUACAUUAUGUUAAUAACAAUAACAAUAGUUGGCUAACUUGGUCUACCUCAGAGAAAACGCUAUACCUGCAUAAUUAUUUUUAAACUAUAAUAAUAAUAACAAUUAAUAUUAAUAUCGUAGUAUGUAUAUGCUUGAUGAAAAAAAAUAUAUAUAUAUAUUUAUACAAAUUAAAUAUAUAUACUAUUUUUUUUUAUAAAUAGAUGGUAAGAAAAUAAUAUUUUACUUUAAUAACAUAUUUAAACGAGUAUAUAUUCAGUAACUAUUAAAGCUCUGGUAGCUUUUUAAUUAAUAAGCGUCUAAUUAUACAUCUAUGAUA